AAAUUAAUUGGUAACCAAACCGGAACCAGUAAAACGUCAGUGGACGUCACCAAAGUAGCGUCUGCUAAUAAAAUGGCGGCGGCCGAGAUUCAGAUAGUGAAUCCUUCAAAUUUAACAAAAAUUGAAAGUUUUCUCAAUGAUCCGAGUUACAAAGAGAUUAUUGAGAACUCUUCAACCUUCAAUUCGCGGCUAUGUGCGGAAAGGAGGAUGCGUAUGCCGUUUAUCGACACACAGACUGGUGUCGCACAGAGUCACUGCAAUUUGUUCAUGACGAGAAGACAACGCAUGCCUGGCCAGAAAGAAGGACAAGUGUACACAUACCCCGCACAGAGAUGGCGCAAAGCCCGCCGCCAAUACCUAACAAUGUCAUCUACGCGGUGGGGAUGGACGGGAGCCGCAGACAACCUGGACAAUACUGGUGAAGGAGAGAACAGCUCCGGAGUACCAGGCGAUGCACUCGCUGGUGAGGACAGUAGAGACGGAUCACAGACUGCUGCUAAGGAUGAUCCUAAGGAAUGGUUCUACGAUGAACUAGCAAUGGAAGAAAUGGAAACCGGUGAGGAACCUGAAGCGGAAUCGGACGAGGAUUACUAUGAUGAUACGUACGCGAACCGGCGCAAGAGACGUGGUGGGGCUACACCUACGGGGCCCGGCUCUAGAGGGGGACGCACGAGGAAGUCACAACCUGACGAUACACCCGCCAAACGUGGCAGAGCUGGUCGCGGGCGAGGCAAGCGCGCACAAGGUACUCUUCCAUACGAGGUGCCCGGCGACAGUGAGAAGCCCUUCGGCUGCGAACUUUGCGGGGCCAAAUACAAGACGCGGCCUGGCCUGACAUACCACUUCACUCACACGCACAAGGAGCCGGCGGGAGGGUCGGGCGGGGCUGGCGCGAGUGACGGAGACUCUAGAGACUCCAGGCCUGGCGCCCACACUCCCCCCGCCCACCAAGUGCCCCCCCUCCAACCCGCGACGGAGUACCAAGAUAGCUACGUCACCUUCCUCAAUAACCCUGCUGUUGGCACUGCAGCCAGCCAGCAGGAGACGCCUCCUCGGCGCCCGACCCCGCCACCAGAGGCGGGUGUCCCAGCGCCCCCAGUGCGCCGCGCGUCUCCCCCGCCUCGACCGGCGUCGGCGGACACUUCUAGUUCGGAUUCAGCGCACGUUCCACUGUCUGCGGCCUUGCAUAGUGCUACACCGGCUGCAGCACCCUCGGCGUCUGCUGCGUCAGAGGCUAAGGAGCCCGGGGAGGGUAAAAAGGAUGUGACGCCAUCACCAUACUGCGAUUUCUGUCUCGGCGACGAUAAUGAGAACAAGAAGACGGGCACUCCGGAAAAGUUAGUCAGCUGCGCCGACUGCGGCAGAUCAGGUAAGAGGCGCGGCCGACCUCCGCGCAACGGUCUACCUAAACCUUCGUGCUAUCAUCUUGAGAACCGCGUUUGUGAACGUCAUCGGUACCUCCGAGACAGUAUCAAGCUCAAUGGAGUAGUAGAAAUACACAGUUCCAUGUCCUACUCAGCUGAUGAUUUCGACAACUUCGCUACCCAAACUAAACUCCUCCAUGACGACUACGGUCAGUACCCUGUCUCCCCCCCCUCCCGUCAAAGUCCAACCUACGAAUGUGAUCUCUACGUCACCGGUUCGAAUAAUAUGUAAAAACUCGAGUAUUAUUUGUGUGUUUGUCUGUAAAAAGUUCACUACCCGUGCUCUUUUUGUCGGUCCUACCAAAGAGAAUGUUUGAUUUGAUGGCUAGUUUUAAUUAUUACAUUCCACGUUUCAUACUCUUUUUCGAAUGAAAAGACCUUUGAUGCAUAUUUUAGUAGUUAUAUUGUAAUCGUGUUAGAAUAGUGACAUCACAAUAUAAAUGUCAAAAUCUUUGUCUAAAGUAAAUCUUUUAAAAAUCAUAUCCGAACAUUAUCAAUGAUGAUAUCCAUAUGAUAGAUAAUUCUGUGUCACAUAUCAUUGUGAAUUUUUAAUCUGUGUGUCAGUGUUGCACUAUGUGAUCUUGGUGUUGCCAUUUUAAUAAAACAACACUUGUGACGAUGGAUGCCAAAUGAUGAGAUAUUUUAAAUUGUUGUCUGUUGUAAUGUUUAUACCUUAAUCGUUUUUUUAUUAUUUUUAGUGAGUACAAGUGCCUUAUCAAAAUUUACAUGAUUUCGUAUGUGAUCAUGACCACGCUAGACCGUAGUGUUGCCAGUCGCGUUGUUUUUAUAUUAUCUAUAUUUGUUAUUUUAUCAAAGAUUUAUUACUCAAAGUUUACCAAUAGGUACUUAUUUAAAUAGUUUUAUUAUUAUUUUUAUUUACUACACAGCAAUAAAGAGCAAUAACACAACACAGUCGUUACCUGGCAACACUAAGGACAGUAUAAUUUAGUCAUAGCUUCGCUUGAUGCCAAAUAAUGUUGCCACUCAGAGGUCCAUCUGUGGUGGCACAAAUCGUUCAGAUGUCCUAGCUUUCUAGUCACGCUGCAACAAAGUCACCGCACGCGUCACUCCGUGUCCAAUAUAUCUUGAAACGUGACGUCACAUACGUCAGUUUGACAUCUAAUGUCAUGUGUCAAUGUCAGAUGGAAUAUAGUCUCAUAUUAGCCGAGUUGACCUCUAGGCUUUUGAGUCUCAGUUAUACAGUUCAGGAUAAUAUUGAUCACAGAGUAUAGUUACCCGACUACGCAAGUAUACAUAGCUAUAAUGUGUUUUUUUAUACAUUUUCCUCCUAAUUUAGAAAGAAAGCAUUGUAGACCUCAUUAUAAGAAAUCCUUAGUCAUUUUGUUUGUAUCAAGAGAUAGAUGUGUUCCAUUAUAAAAAUACUGUUAUCAAAUACCUUUUUUUACUAGAUAUUUCUAUGUGUUAAGUUUGCCAACAUACUGUUAUAAGCUCAUAAUUAUACUAAGAUAUUGUCCUUAGUGCUAAAUAUAGUGAAUAUUCUAAAGCGUAGGCGGGUUAUAAACAAUAGCUUAUUAUAAUAUUACAUAGGAGCUUUUACGUGCCUUUUUGAACACCCAUUUUUUUUAAAUCGUAACCCAAAGAUUUUGAUAAUAAUUUUAGUUUAAAAAGAAGACUAACUUCAUGUUGUUAAUGUGUUUUCAGCCUUAUCUUACGUCAUCGUGAACACUUUUUGAAUUUAGAAUUUUAUAGCGGCCAGUUUCAUAAGGCUUUCCGUAUUUGAAUGUUUUCUCUGACCAUAGAGUUUAUCAAUUGAAGUAUCUGCUUUUAUUUAUUUUUUUAAUACACUAAAGUAUGGCAUUGAUCAUAAACUAUCAUUCCUAUAGCUCUAGACAUGUUUUUGUUCUAGUUUUAAGUAAAGUUUUAAUCGAAAUUAGGUUUUAAAUUUUAUUUUAUGCGUAGAUUUAUUCAUUAUUAUUAUAUAUUAUAAUUAUAAUGAUAUAUUGACAAUUUAUUCUUCAUAGUAUAUUUCUAUAGUAGUUAUCAAAUUAUUACUUUAUAGAUUUUUAAUUAGUUGUUGUGGCGAUCGUUUGUAUAACGUUGUUCACUGUUUUUGGAUCUUUUAUUCCUAAUACUUGAUACACAAUGGUGUUUAUUGGCCACUUUAGAAAAUGCUUUAACCAAAAUCAUGAUUGGUUGGUUCAUUUUUGCCGGCUAAUCAGUACGCGGUACGCUCGCGUUUCUAUCUCUUUCAACAUGAAGCAAACUAAACAAAGUCCGGAGGCUGGCUAAAUUGAUAUUCGGCAUUUGAAAUAAAUGAAUAGAGCCUGAAAUUUUGUCAUGCCUCACGAUAAAGUGACUUUCAGAAAACUAUGAACUUUAUUUCAUUACCUUUAAAGUCUAUUUUCAAAUAACGUGGCCACUAUACACCAUUGUGUACAUAAUUGGCUUGAUAAUGGUACCUAUGUACUUAAAAAUUGGUGCCGCUUCGUCUAAAGGUAAGCGUCCACAGGCCCGCAUCGUACGCAUCGCACGCAUCGUACGCAUUCAGUAUGACUUCACCAGUACGCAUCGCAUGUAGGCAUUGCUGAUGAUGCGGUGCGUACGAUGCGGAUCAGUGGACGCAGUUGUAUGAGUCUCUAUACAAGACAAACUAGAAUCCGUUGCGUGCGAUGCGUACGAUGCGGGCCUGUGGACGCGUACCUUAAAGCCCUUUCAUACGAAACGGGCGUGAAGUAGGGACAUAGUAUAAGUUACCGUUUUUAUAAAUAAAUUAUAUAAUUAUAUAUUAUCGUGUCACGUCUGUUAGGUGCCUUAGUCUGUGCAAUUGUAACCUUCUAGAGUUUGUAUUUAUUAUUGUGUCUAUGUCGAGUUUAUACAGGGUGGGGUUUUGAACGAUUUUUUUUUUUUAGUUUUGAGCUUUUGUUUUGAACCUUUUAACCGCUAAGUUAAAUUACAAUUAAUGUGCCUUUAGCAUGCAGCUACAAAGCAACAAAAAAAUCUAUACUUAAUAAGGAGGCGCAAUCGAGUGAAUAGAACGAUAAAAUCAUGCAUGUUGUCUGUCGCAGUAAUACGACAUGAGCGACAGGGACAUGGAAAUAUGGCGGUUAAAGGGUAGUGUUUUAGAUAUUUCGAGUUACCCUUUUUAUAUUUCAUGUCAGAGUUAGUUUUCUUGUGUAUAAAGAUAUAAAGUUUAUUCCAUGGAAUUGUUAGCUUUUGUGUAUAUUUUCUCUAUCUGUAUUUCUUAUCAAUUAAUAAAAUAAAUCGUUUACCCAAUAGAAUAUUCCUUGAACAAAAAAUCUUAUGGAAUUUGCUUAUUCAUACACAGUUAGUAGGUAGCUUAGCUUUUUCACAUUCAAAACACCCUGUAUAAUAGGAAAACAGCCUGUAUAAUAGGAAAACACCCUGUAUAAUAGGAAAACACCCUGUAUAAUAGGGAAAAAAAGCUGUGUUUGACCAUGUCUACAAUAUUUAUAUUUAACUUUAAAACCAAGAAUAUAAUCGAUAUAGUUGAAACAUGAACAUGUUUAGCAAGUUUUUUUAUUAAAAUAAUAGUUAUUAUAAUAAUCACUAUAGAAAAAACAUUAUUACUAUUAUUAUUUAUUAUGUCAAGUUUAUGUGGGAAUUUUAUGUGAGUGUUUAGUGACUGUUAAUGAGUCUUAGUUAUUCUGGUACUUAAAAGUACCAUGUUUAAUAUUAUAGAUGUUUAUUAUGGUACCAAAAUGUUAUAUUUCUCAUAUUUUUUUUCUUUCUCGGCAAUAUCUAUUAAUUUUUAAUGCCUGUAGGGAAGUGCAUAAAUGCGGAUACCCAAAGAUUUAAAAUAAAAAAAAAGAAUUAAUCUUUCCGUUAUGUUGUUUCGUAUAUUUUUUUUUUAUUAUUUUUAGCGUAAGACCGAGAGUUAUAUAAAAAAAUUCAUUGUUUUUUUUCUGAUUAUUUUAUUUUUUUUUGUAAUACAUUGCUCUAUUUUAUCAGAAUUAAAUUGUAUGACGAUUCUAA